CCUAGCAGAGCCUUCAGAGUGUUAGAAGUGCUAUUGACCCACAAAUAUAAUUUCGACUAAGUACGGUGACAAACAGUUAUCCGCAAGAGCGAAAGCGUGCAACAUCAACAAUGCAACAUUUAACGGAAGAUGAAGACCACGUCCUGAGGACUCUCCGAGUCCUGAUCGCUGACCUCUGCCAGCAGUUCAAUGGGGGACAUCCAGGAGGAGCUAUGGGAAUGGCUGCGGUCGGGGUGGCAUUAUGGAAAUAUGUUAUGCAAUAUGCACCACAUACUGCGGACUUCUUUAACCGUGACAGAUUUGUUCUCUCCAACGGACAUACCUGCUUGUUUCAGUACAUCUUUCUUCAUCUCACCGGAUACAAACCCAUGACUCUCGACCAGCUAAAAUCAUACCACUCAGAUCGUGCAGACAGCCUGUGUCCAGGACACCCUGAAAUUGAGAUCGAGGGAGUAGAAGUCACAACGGGUCCGCUCGGGCAAGGUGUCGCAAAUGCAGUUGGUCUCGCUAUAGCGACAAAGAAUCUUGCGGCAACCUACAAUAGACCUGGAUAUGAUGUCGUGUCAAACCAUACUUGGUGUAUGGUGGGAGAUGCCUGUUUACAAGAAGGCGUGGCUCUGGAAGCCAUUUCGUUCGCGGGCCACCUGAGGUUGAACAACCUUACCAUAAUAUACGAUAACAACCAGGUCACCUGCGAUGGUUCGGUUGAUUUGACCAACACAGAAGAUAUCAAUGCGAAGAUGCGUGCUUGUGCAUGGGAUGUCAUUGACAUUGGAGAAGGAUGCUAUGAUAUCCGCGGAAUUGUCGCUGCUUUAAAACAGGCGAGAGCAUCAAUUCGGAAGCCGACAUUUGUCAACGUCCGAACAGUCAUUGGGGUAGGGACAGCCGUCGCAGGAGAUGCCGUGGCUCAUGGAGUGGCCCUUGGCGCGAAUAACGUCGCGGAACUGAAAAAGGCAUAUGGAUUCAACCCCGACGAGCAUUUUGUUAUCAGUCCGACAAUUCGCAAGUUCUUCGAAGACAUCCCAGCACGAGGAGAGGCGCUGGUUAACAAUUGGAGCAAUCUUCUUGACAGAUACUCUCAGGAUUUCCCGGAUCUUGCUGAGGAAUUCCAGAGAAGAGUCAAGGGAGAACUACCCGCAGACUGGGAUACGCUGGUUCCAACGAAGUUUCCAUCGAAACCUACAGCUUCACGCGCAGCAUCUGGGCUAGUUUUUAACCCCGUUGCCCAGAAGAUCAGAACGUUCAUGGUGGGAACUGCUGAUCUUUCCCCGUCAGUCAAUAUGGCAUAUCCUGGAAAGACGGAUUUCCAGCAUCCUGAUCUGCGAACAAUUUGCGGAAUUGACGGAAACUAUGCAGGUCGCUAUAUCCAUUAUGGUAUCCGUGAACAUGCAAUGUGUGCCAUAUCGAAUGGAAUCGCUGCAUUCGCGCCCAAUACCUUUAUCCCCGUGACCUCGUCGUUUUUCAUGUUCUACCUGUAUGCUGCCCCAGCCGUGCGCAUGGGUGCCCUCCAGCAAUUACAAGUUAUACAUGCGGCGACUCAUGAUUCUAUCGGAAUGGGAGAAGAUGGCCCGACCCAUCAGCCCAUAGAGCUGGCAGCUCUUUACAGAGCCAUGCCCAACCUACUGUAUAUCCGGCCCGGUGAUAGUGAGGAAACUGCCGGUGCCUGGAUCGCAGCCAUCGAGGCGAAGAAGACUCCUUCAAUAAUUUCGACUUCCCGACACGCUCUGCCACAACUAGCAAAAACUAAACGUGAAGGUGUCCUCCGUGGAGCGUAUGUUCUCGAGGAAUAUCAAGGCUCCGAGGGCGCUGAUGUCACAAUUAUUGGCGUCGGCGCAGAACUGUCUUUCGCUUUGGGAGUUUCUAAGGAAUUAAAGGAGUCGAAGAAUAUCUGUGCCCGGGUAGUCAGCUUUCCUUGUCAGCGACUUUUCGAAGAGCAACCAGUCUCUUACAGGCGCGAAACGCUACGACGCCACAAGGACAUCCCAGCUGUCGUGAUCGAGCCGUAUGCUCCUAAUGGCUGGGAGAGAUAUGCUGAUGCAGCUAUUUGCAUGACGAGAUUCGGACAUAGCCUUCCAGGGAAGUCUGCUUACAAGUACUUCGGUUUCGAGACAAGCAAGAUGACAGAGAAGAUAUCCAGGUAUCUUUCUGACAUCAAAGAGGAUGAGAUUCUGAGGGGCGAGUUUGUGCAACUCUAAUAUUAUCGCAAGGUGUUAAUAACUGUGGAAUGAUGAGAUAGACAUAACCAUUUAGUGAAUAGAUAUAUGAGAAACAAAUUGCAAAAGACCCCAAAAGAAUUAUCGUUCCAGUGGUACUUAUUUAGUGCA